GCGGACACGGCGGAGAGACCAUCACCCACAGAGAGACCAAGAAGGCGGUGUGUGAAGUUACAGAAGCCGCCCUGUGCACAACAUUCGACUCUGUUGGACUAUAUUUGGACCCGAAAGCGAAGCAGCGAUAGCUGAAGAUUAGCACUGCUCUGUCUUUUUCUUUCAUUUCUUACUUUUUUAUAAAAUCUGCGUAAAGUUAACGCAGCGACCUUUAUUGUAUUUUACCCCCGUGUGUUUGAGAACGUUUUUCUCUGAUUCUGAGGACAAUCAUGCUGCCCCUCUUCCUCCUCAUCAUCCUCUCUGCUGCCUCCGUUUUCUCAGAGUCGGUUCGGGAGACGGAGACAUGGAUGCCCAUGAAGACCACGCAGACGGUCGCCAUGGCGACACACCAAAACCGCAUGGAGUCAUCGGGUGACUUCGGCUUCACGGAUGACAACGAAGAUGACGACGAUGACGACAGCUACGACGACGACGACAACGACGACUACGACAACGGCUACAACGACUACUACGACGAAGAGGACGAGGAUGAGUUUUCCGGCUCUGGAGACGGAGAAACAACCGUGUCACCGAAGCAAGCCCCAGAACCGUCAGCCAAGCCCGACGCCAACGACAACAAGAUCCCAGAGGUGGAGCAUCCCGAGAGACCGGCCGUCAACGAGGUGGAAAUCGUCCAGAACAGCAACGAAAUCCCACUGCUGCGGAACAAGGAGCCAGCAGAGGGCGGCGAGGAGUUUCCCUCCAACGUCCUGAUGGCCCACGCCAGCGACGACAGCAUCUUCAACAAGACGGAGGUCCUCGCAGCUGUGAUCGCCGGCUGCGCCGUCGGCCUGAUGUUCGCCGUCCUCCUCAUCCUCCUCCUCAUCUACCGCAUGAAGAAGAAGGACGAGGGCAGCUACGACCUGGGGAAGAAGCCCAUCUACAAGAAGGCGCCCACACAGAGAUCGC